GUCCUGCAGCGCUCGCUCGCGCUCGGGGGAGGCUGAGGCGGCAGCAGCGGCAGCAAUGGCGGAUUUCGAUGCUUAUGACGACCGGGCCUAUAGUAGCUUCGGGGGCGGCCGCGGGUCUCGUGGCAGUUCCAGCCUUGCCUCACGUAAACAGAAAGAGCUUCCAACAGAGCCCCCCUUUACAGCAUACGUCGGUAACCUCCCCUUCAACACAGUCCAAGGAGACAUCGAUGCCAUCUUCAAGGAUCUCAGUGUAAGAAGUGUGCGACUAGUCAGAGACAAAGAGACAGAUAAAUUUAAAGGAUUUUGUUAUGUAGAGUUUGAUGAGGUUGAGUCACUUAAAGAAGCUCUGACAUUUGAUGGAGCACUUUUUGGCGACCGGUCGCUCCGAGUGGACAUAGCUGAAGGCAGGAAACAAGACAAAGGUGGCUUCGGUUUCAGAAAAGGUGGCGGUCCAGAAGACAGAGGCAUGGGCGGAGGUCUGCGGGAAUCGCGAGGAGGUGGAUGGGAUUCCAGAGAUGACUUCAGUUCUGGUUUCAGAGAUGAUGACUUCCUAGGAGGCAGAGGUAGAACGCGUCCUGGCGAUCGACGAGGAGGUGGCCCACCCAUGGGGGGCACAGGUCGUUUCAGGGAUGGUCCUCCAAUGCGUGGGUCUUCUAUGGAUUUCAGAGAGCCAACAGAAGAGGAAAGAGCCCAGCGGCCCAGACUUCAGCUCAAGCCCAGGACAGUCGCUACGCCCCUCAAUCAAGUAGCCAAUCCCAAUUCUGCCAUCUUUGGUGGAGCCAAGCCAAGGGAGGAAGUAGUAAAGGAGCAUGACUGAGGGCACUCAGGGGCAAGAGUGGGGGAAACGGGAUUGAGGGAGGGGCUGGGAGGGGGUGGGAGGAAACGCAAGACAGCCCAGAGUGUCUAACUGAGCUCAGAACAUUAACCCCGCAGCCACCAUUCCUACCAUCUGACACUUGUCCUCCUUGAAACCGAAAUGGAAAAAAACAAAACAAACCAGAGCUUGUGAAUGCAUGUCAACUGUUAACAAGUGGUUUUUAGUACAUUUUUGGCUUUGCUGUAUGUAGUGCCUGCAAUCUCUUACGUUCCCCAGCUCCAGACAUCCCUCCUUCCGGGCUCAGUGCUGGCUUUCAGCCAAUAUAGCACCAUCCUCUUCCACAGAUGUGGAUUUCUUUAAUCUGAGGUGCUGCUUCACUUUUUUCUUCCUUUCUGAUUCCUUCUUCCCAGAAACAAGGGUCAGGCUCCAGUCCUGCUCACCUUGGUCCCCCCUGCCUUCCAUGGUGCUUCUCUGUCUGCUGCAUGUUUAGUCACCCCCAGUGACCCUCAACUCAGAAGAGUCCAAGUGAAAGUGUUGCAAGAAGCUUCUGCAACACAGAGAUAAGCCAUUGGGCACUUUGGAAUAGAUCCCAAAUCAGUUUCUUCCUGGACGGUUUAAAAUGUAAACUGCAGCAAGCGCAGGGGGUGCCAUCUGCCCUGGGCCCCACUGGCACUGCACAGGCCUCUGCCUGGAGCAGAGGUGGUGUGUCUGCAUCGGACUCUGGCGUGGAAAAUGCAGCUUGAUGCAUUCUUGACUUGGCCUAUGUCAUUCCCACUAGUGCUUAGAGGUCGGUGCUGUUGAAGGACUUGCUUCCAACAUACUCUGCGUUUUGGGUUUGGGUUUUUUUUUUUUUUACAGAAUUGCUAACGGCUUUCGAACUAACUUCUUAAAUAAAGUUUUUUUCCCCCCCUUUUGGGAGGUCGGAGGGACUUUGUUUUAAAUGAAAUGGUGUCUAACUUUGCCACGCCAGCAUUUGAUUGUUUCAGUAUGAUUUGCUUCUCCUGUUUAGCUCCUCAAAUAAACAGAGGGGGGAGCACUACAUGAUAUAGUUUCAACUGGCAUCUUAACAGCAUGGAGUCCCAGCAAACUGAGGUGGCUAACAGAUGUUCGUUCCCCUUGUUUCUCUGUGUGAAUACAUUCUGCUGGAAAAGACUGAAUGCAGCAAGUAACUUAGAUGGAAAGGCGUACCAAACAGCGAUGUAAAGUUGAAGAGAAGUUUGUCGCCUGCUUGGCUGUCCAAUUUGUAGAGUUUAUGGCUCAGUUGGGGCAGAGUGGGAGUACCUGCAGUGCCUGACUUCAGCACUAACAUAUCUUAUUUGUAGCUUUGGUACAAAUAACAAGAUAGAAACUGGCAGGUAAUGUAGGAUUUCUCUUUCCUGGGGCUUCCCCUCCUCUUAAAAGCUAAAUCUUGUCCAAUUUCUAAAAACAGGUCUCUCAAUUUGCGGAAUUAAUUAGCGAAUAUCCAAGAGCAGCAUUUGUUUGAAUAAAUAAAAUGAUUAGCAAAGAUCUUCAUAAUUUACAAAAGAGCAAACUUUUCCAGACCUCCUUGUAAUCUGAGUAUAUUUUUGAGAAUAAGAACCAUUUGUUUAACACUAACUUUCUUUAAGACAUGCACUGUCUGUCUGUGUGGUUGUGUUCUAAACAAAAUCCACCCAAUAAUCUCUCUUCCACUGUAAAUAUGGAAGAACCAAGAUUUUAAGAGCAAAAACAAGACUUUCCCAUGCAAGGCUCACUCAGUCGAUUCAUUUGAUUUUUAAAUGUGUAAAGAGAAAUUUCCAAACACUUAACACAUUCUGCUUCAUGACAAAGUAAAUUUAUGGAUAUGGUAUUUUGUGAAUGAUCUUUUAAAUAAAGAAAACAUUAAGUAAUAUUUAA